AUGAAAAAGCGUACAUCAUCAGCUUUUUCAGAAGCAAUCCAUAUAAUGUCAAUAGCUAAAUUUUUACAAAAAUCAACCUAUUAACAUGAUAUAAGCCACAUAAAAGAUUCUUUAACAAAAGAUCCAUUCUAAAGAAAUGAUUAAGAUAUUUAAUCUCUAUAUGAAUUCAUCUAUGUUUACAAUUAUGUUUAAAGAUUAAAAUCAAAAUAUAGUGAUUAAUUUGUUAAGGAAAUAUGUAGAUACUUAUAUUACAAAUAAGUUUCUUAAAAUACUAUAAUAAAUACACAUAAAACAGUAUUUUUAGUACUAAGUGGUAGAGUUAUUGUUACUUAUUAUGAUGAUAAUGAUGAUGGAGAAAUACAAAAUAAUUAAAAAUCAAUUUAAUAAGAAUUAACUUUUGGUAUGUCAUUUAAUGAUUAUGGAUUAUCUGAGAAUAAGAAAUGUCAUGUAAGAGUUAUAAGACCAACAGAAUUUGCAUGUUUGGAUUUUAAAAUAUUUAAUGAAAUCAAUUCUAAUUAAAGAUCAAAUGAUACUUAUGAGAAAUAAAAAUUUCUUAAAUCUCUUUCUUUUUUUUCUAUAUUUUCAGAUGUAGAAAUUAAAUACUUUAGUUAUCAUAUGGAAUAAUCAAUAGUAUAAAAAAAUUCAUUUAUUUAUUAAGAAGAUGAUGAAUCUAUAGAAUUCUGUUAUUUUAUAGGUAGAGGAGAAAUGGAAAUAUAUAAAUAGAAUAAUUAAAGAAAAUAAUUUUGUUUAACAAAACUUUUAUAGGGAGAAUUCUUUGGAGAAGAUGGUUUAUUUUAACUUAAUAAAAGAUAAUUUUCUGCUAAAUGUUCAUAGGAAAAUACAUUAUUAUAUAGAAUAAGUUUAUUAGAAUUUGAUAAAAGAAUUUGGAAAAAAGAACAAAGAAAAUGUUUAUUUGAAUUAUUAAAUCAAAAAUGGAUUUAUAGAUUUUAGAGAUUUUAGGAAUUAACAUAAACUAAUUUAGAUAAAGAAAUUCUUUCUUAAUAAAUUAAAAAUCUAAGUCAAAAAUUGAUUUAAGAUGAGUAAAUUAAAAUUGAUUUUGAAUAUAUAAACAAUCAAAAUCAAAUAUAAACUACAUCAACUUAAGAAUAAUUUAUUACUGCUUCAUGGUUAUUAAAAAGUGCAAAUUAAGCAUAAUAAAUUUUAUAAAAUUUUAAAUAAAAAACUUAAACUAAAGAUGAAAUAAAAUAAAUUACAUCUGUUUCUCCAAAACAUCAAUAAUAAUUAGAAAGAAUAAAAGCAAAAUAAAAAAAUACUAAAAAUAAUUUUAGUAACCGCUAAUCAAUAAUUAAAACUAAUCAAUCUCCAUAUAGAAUGAGUAGUUUUCAUAAUAAAGGUUAAGGUAAAGUAACAUCAAAUAUGAACUAUUUAAAAUUAUUUAGUUAAGAAACAGAAAGAUUAAAUUUAGAAUAAUAAUUAACACAAUAUUUAGAAAAAUUAGGAAUCAAUAAUGAAAAUUUAUAAGAAAUCUAAAAAAAAAGUGGAAGUGCUACUGAUAGAUAUGAAAAAGAUAAUUAAUUUUAUUAAACUAUGGCAACAUAUGCUUAAUUUCAACUAUAUAAAAAUUUAAAUUUAUAAGAAUCCAAAUCUUAACAUGUAUUAUAUAUAUUUCAUUAUUUUUUAAUAGACUAAGAAUUUGGAAGAAGAAUAUUAGUAAUUAGUAUAAGAUUAAUAAACCAAUAUUAAAAAGGCAUUUGAUUAAUUAACUACUAGAAAAUCUGAUAAUAUGAUUAGAAAAGAGUUUUUUUUAAAUAAACUAAAAAAAAUGAAUAAAAGAUUAAAGAUUUUAGAAUUAAUUUAAAAAGGAUAAUUAGAAUGUAAAGCAACUUAAAUGGUAAAUGAAGAAGGAGAAAUUGUAGAUAUAGAUGAACCUAUAAAACCAGAUGAUGCUUAUGAUAUUGUUGAUGGUAAAAAAGUAAGAAAAUUUAAUUUUGUGACUUCUGAAAUAUUUGAAUAAUUUGAAAAAAAUGUAAAUAUAAAACUAUUUAUAGAAAUAUCAUGAUUUCAAAUAGUAAAUUGAUUAAUAGAAAUAAAAAAUAUAAGUAAUUAAAGAAAUCGUAUCUGGUAAACUACCCAUUUCAGCAGCUAAUGAUGAUUAUCAACAAAAUUAAAAUAGAACAAAACCUUCUAAUUCUUUUAGACCAUCAAGCAGUGUAAAAUAAGUUAUACCUUUUUAUAUACUAUAAUAAAAAUAAUAAUCGAAUUCGUACAAAUAAUAGUAAGCAAAUUAUUAAGCCUCAUCUCUAAUAAGUACUCGAUUAAAGAUGUGA